AUGGAUCUGAAUACUCCCCCCUUCGGCCUCGAGCAUGGAUUGGAAAGCGCCAACAUUGCGCUCCGUAUGACAGCGGCCGCAUUUCUCUGCCUCGCCCUGUUCAACUCGCUCGAGCUCGUCCUGCUCGUCUGCUGGACCUUCCAUCAGCGGCGCGGCCUCUACUUUUGGUCCCUCCUCAUCUCAUCGAUCGGCAUCAUUCCCUAUGUGGUUGGAACCAUUCUGCAUAAUUUUGACCUUGUUCCCCUCGCAGUUAGUCUGCCGAUUGGACAUGUGGGGUUUAUCUGCAUCGUCCCCGUUCAAUCAUUGAUCCUAUACUCGCGUCUCCACCUUGUUUUUUACCAUGAAAAGAUCCUCCGCAUCAUGUUAUUUGUUAUCAUUACUGUUUCAAUUGUCCUUAUCGUCCCCAACUCAGUCUCCAUGUACGGCUCCGCGUUUACAACGUCGCCGUCGUGGAACUACUCAUACAACGUCACCGAACGGUUGCAAGUCACCGGGUUCGCUAUUCAAGAAUUGCUACUCUCUCUGUUCUAUGUCUACUCCGCAGUCCUACUUCUUCGGAUCAGUCCUGAAGGGAAGAGCCGGGUUAAGCGAAUUAUGUAUGAGCUGCUCUGGAUCAACACGCUCACGAUCGUGCUUGACAUUGCCGUGGUCUGUCUAAAGGUGUUUGUAUAUAGUGUGAAAGUCAAGCUGGAGCUUGCGGUCCUGGGGAGGUUGGUGGCGCUCACGAAUACAACACAGGAAAAGCGGAGAAACACUGUCAGGAGGGCCUCGUUUAUAGGUCCAACUUAUGACUUGAGUGAUUUCACAAAUACGAAUGACGCUCCGAUCGGGACAGAUACAGAUCGGGGGCCAGUUGCAGUGGGUAUCGAAGAGGUCGAGCGACCGAGCACUGGUAGUAUUACCGAGCCAACGCCGGGAAAUGCGGAUAGGAGAAGCGCCAACGCACUGGCCCAGCGCAUACAUUGGGAUUCGCAUGUCUGA